AUGGUUAACGUAGCCGCCGAUCACCCCUUUCUCUCCAAACGCCCUACGAACAAGAUGCUUAUUGCCAACUUUGGCACACAUCCGGAUGGAGCUUGGUUUUUCUCUGACACAAAGUACGCCGGCUCUCUUGCGAUUAAGUUCUACAGCAGCUCUAUGCCACAGAGGAAGCACAAGGAAAACGAGACGUCCAGCGACGUUCGCGUAUGCUUAUUGAAAGCGGACGAUGUCACGGAGAACAAGAACUUGGCCGGCAUUCGAUCUGCCUACGUGGAUACAAGCACUCCUUCCGAGCUUAAGGGCAUCCUCCGAAUCCACCUCGAGCUCCCUGACGUCCAGUUUGGUAUGCCUGUUACCCAAGUCAAGGCAAACCCUGUGACUGGCGACGAGGAUGUGAUGGUGUAUAUUAACCUUUUGAACAUGGACGACUUUUUCUAUGAGGGCAUCUCAGAGUACAAGGAUGAUAUGGUCCGAUCGAAAAACGUCAUCAGACUUGUCUGCAAGGAAUAA